GUGUCAUCUCAGAUGGGAAUGGUGUUGGUCGUCCAUUACUCUCUGGUGGAAAAAGCAAUUUUAUCGUACUGUAAAAUAUGUGAAUAAUUUGAUAAAAAUGUACUCGUAAUAUGAUUAUAAGUUUGAAGUGGUUGUGUGCCAAUGAAUAGACAAAACUUAUGAUAUAGAUACCAUCAUGGCUGCAAAUUAUUGUACAAUAUUGAUGGUCCGUGUGGUGCUGCCAGUGGGCCUUCUUCUCAGUAUAGCAUUGCGACCAUUCGGACUCUCCCUCAUAUACUUGCUACUGUACCUGUUAGCGCCUCUUAUACAAGUUUUUAACAACGACAAUAGCAAACUUGCCUGCCGCCGCUUGCUGCAUCUAAACAUAGUGGUGUCGAUCACAUUAUUGCUGACCCACGCAGCAUGGCACGGGGUGCUGGUUAUGUUCCCCCCCUACGGCUCCUUGCUGGAGACCUAUCCGCUAAUGCAACGGAUCGGACACAACCUCGGCCUCGUCGGCUACAACACCAUAAAACCGUGGAUGGCUGUACAUUAUCUGGCGCCAGAGUUAUUAAUGACAGUGACUUCAGUGGUGGUAUAUAUGGUAGUACAGAAAGUGACAGUACUAACUUCGGAAGGACUAGUAAGGAAAGACAUGAAUUAUCAGCGAUAUCCCAUGCUUACGAGUGCUGGGAAGUACCUGUGUCUCAUCCUGAUAAUGUUCUCUGGUAUAUUGCGUCCAAAUGUGGUGUCAGGGAUAUACUUUCUGGUGUUCAUGGGCGCCGCGACCGCGUGGUCGUUGGGGCAGCCGCUGAAUCGCGGGUUCGCCAUUGCCGGACGCUUCGUCAUGUUCGUCAUGGCCCUCAAUAUCAUCACGUUGCUCGUGUACCAAUGCAAUUGGAUUAUAGAGAUGUUCCCACCUAAUAUGGGGAUAGCCAGAUACUUUGGAUUGACGCAAGUGGUCGCUAUCAUCGAUACAGACCCACACAAUUUUUCAUUCAUAGUGAAAUAUGACCAAAAGUGGAUGCAACUUGCAAGCCCUAUAGUCAUACUCUUUACAUAUUGCAUCCUUGCUAUAGAAACUCGGGAACUCUUAAAACCAAAGACGAAAAGAAGGCACACGAUGACGGGCCUGGAGUUGGGCAAGCAGAAUGGGUCCGUCCUGCACGGGUUCUCCGGCGAGGGCUACCGCGCCAACCGCGACAAAUGGAUGAUGGCCACUAAAAAGAUACGAUUGAUGAACCGCGCCCACAGCGGCACCGGCCGGCGCUGGUCUGGUGUCCGGUCCCGUCACUUCCGGCAGGACUCCACCGGGUCGGUGGUCGUCGGCACCCUUGGCGAUGAUACAAUGACGGAUAUAGAAGAGUCCAGUGUAGUCGAUGAAAUCAUAGCCGCUGUUAUAGAUUUUUUCCAAAUUGUAGUCAGAUCGUCAUACAUAGCUACGACGAUCACGAUGAUGGCGUGGAGUAUCAUGUUCCACUCGUGGCUCACGUUCGUGUUCCUCAUGUGGGCGAACAUCGUGUGGCUGCGCCAGGACCAACGGUCCUUCAUGCUCAAAACCAGUCCCGUACUCGUCCUUUACGCAAUGUCGUUGCUGAUCUUACAGUAUGUUUAUGGCAUGAAUCUAACAGAACUUGAGCUUCCUUCAUCUGUGCCGGAAGUUAAUCUUCGUCAAAUUGGCGUUAUGCGGCCGGAAGGUGAGCCGUGCGUGCCUAUCUUGAUUAAGACGCUGUUCACAUGUAUGUUUUGGGUAACGCUGCGACAAAGGGUUCAAGAGAUCCGCCAGAAGCGCCAGUCUAUCGUUGCCACCGAUCUGGCCGCACCUUUACAGCUCACUGUCUCUACAGGCGCCAGCGCGAUAGAAGAGCAACGCGAUACAGAAUACCAAUCUCGACUCCUGCGCGUCCUAGGCGUGUCUUUCCGUCGAUUUUGCGCACGCUAUUGGAUAUACGUCGUCGUCAUAAUGUUGUUCGUGAUAGGAAUCACCGGUGACCGCAUGACUAUCUUCCGCAUUAUCUACAUGUUCCUGUUUCUAGUCUUCAUCCUCAUGUUCCAAAUUAGUUGGUAUUAUUGGCGUCGGUUGAUGUAUGUGUUUUGGAUAACACUCAUCAUGUACUCGAUGUUAAAUCUCAUAUUAAUAUAUAUCUACCAGUUCGACAACUUUUCCAAAACAAUAGAGACUUAUUUGAUGAUAAACGAAAAAUUACAACACGACUUGGGCUUGGACACGUACGACCCGGCGGACUUGUUCGUCAAGUUGCUGACCCCCACACUCUUCCUCAUCAUCACCAUCAUGCAAGUCCACUACUUCCACAAAGACUUUAUGGAGCUCUCUGAUCCCAAGACACAAACGAAUAGCGUUGCAAGAGAUAUAGAAUCGAAUAGACAAAGUCCAGGUCCCGGUGGAUCUACUAUGAGAGACGAUGACCUUCCACCUCUGCCUAUAGAGGAGGAACCACAGCUGAGUCGUGAACCCAACGUCAGGUGGAACCAGCAAACCACAGUUAUGGCAGCAAUUAACGAAGAUCCCAAUGCCAGAAGUACGCCAGAUCCCAAUGUUCCAACUACUUCAGACCCGAAUGCUAGAACUGAGCAACGUUCAAAUAGUCCGAAUACCACAGAUAAUAAAGAUCAAAAUGUCAGAAUUAAAGCUCAAGAUCCCAAGACCAUGAACACUCAAAACCUCAAUAUCAGAGCAGCUGAUAACUCUAAUGCCGUGAAAACAUCGGAUACCGAUGACUCUCAUUCUUUAGGCGUAUCGUCGGCAUACUCAAGGACACAGAGAUCCAAUCGAAAUACGUCGCACGGAUAUCAAAAUUCUGACUUGAUGCGAGGCACGGCCGCGUUCCAUAAGUGGCUGUGUAGCAACUACCGCCAGAUCAGGCACAAGGUAUAUGCCUUUAUGGACAAGCUGUUCCUGUACCUACAUCUACACCUCGUCAAGAUUGUAUUCUUCGCCCUCAUGCUGCUUUGUGUCUGCAAUGUAUGCGCGAUGCACAUGCCCAUUAUGGUUAUAAUAUCUCCGGCCCUUUGGCUGAGCGCUAAAAAGCAGCGAUUUUGCUUGCUCUUCUUAUCCACUCUCAUCAGCAUCUACCUCAUGGCGCUGAUGGUCUAUCAGAUAGACUACAUACAAAGUUCCUUCUUCGACGUCAACUGUACUUUUCUUGAUGCCAACGGCACGGCGGUCUCGUCGACAUACAGCAAUGCAAACUGGGUCGGAUUCCACAAGACGAGCAAGCACAAACCACUCGUGACACUGGUCAAGGGGUACAUUGGCAUCAUAUGUACCUUCACCUUCUACUCGCUCCUCACUUACCGCCAUCAAAGUAAAGGUGAAAUUGGUUCGACGCGAGUUCGAGAACUUAUUUACCCAAAGAUAACUCGCAAAGAGGCCGAUAUAGACUUACUACAUUGUUUUAAAUACGUGGUCAACUACGGGUUUUAUAAAUUCGGUGUGGAGGUAACCCUGAUGGCUUUGAUUGCUGUGAUCGGCUCACGAAUGGACGUGUACGCCGUGAUAUAUUCCUUGUGGCUGACGAUACUGGUGUCCCUGAAGAGGCCCAAGCAGGCGCGUGUUUGGCCGGCCUUCUGUGUGUUUGUGGCCGUAGUGGUGCCGUUCCAAUAUGCGCUGUGUGUGGGCUUCCUACCGCAGUUCUGUGUGGAUUACCCUUGGAGAGUCAGCAAUAUAGUGUCUGAGACGCAAAUGAAGCAUAUUCGAACAUGGCUAUUCCUCCCGUACCUCGAAGAGCCACCGCACGCAUUGAAGCUCGUGUUCGACUACAUCCUGCUGUUGUUCGCGACGCGACAGCUAAUCGUGUUUAGGACGGAGAAAAAAUAUGGUGACAGUUACCCGGGAGGCUCCAACGACGAGAACAUAGGCCAGGACUGGGAGACCGCCCAUUUCGUCAACCCAGUGCCUGAUUUCCUCGGAUUUGUGGGGUCAUGGCUAGACGUUUUGAAGCGUAUGGUGUUUCUAGGCAUGCUGUGGGUGACUCUAGCCAUCAUGUUCAUGACGGGAACCAACAGAGUCAAUCUCUUCUCUAUUGGCUACCUGAUCGGUUCUUUCAUAUUUCUGUGGCAAGGCACCGACUUCUAUUUGAGGCCAAAGGAAGUCAUAUUAUUGUGGUGGUCGUGGUUGCUGCGCUACAACGUAGCGGUGGUGUCCGUGAAGGUGCUGCUGCAGAUCCCGGGCUGCAUAUUCAGCGGCGUGCUGCAGGACCACGCGUGCUGGCUCGUGCAGCUGCUCGGCAUCGGCUGCGUGGACAAGUUCGCGGGCGGGAACAUAGCGCAGUUCAUCAAGAUGCAGUACAGCAAGGAAGCAACAUGUUCAGUGCCCCAAGAGGACAUAGGGCUGGCGUGGGACGGCGUUUGCUUUGCGUUCCUGAUACUGCAGCGGCGGCUGUUCAACAGCUAUUACUUCUUCAGGGUGAUCGACGAGAGCAAAGCUACCACCGUCUUGGCUUCUAGAGGAGCGGAGUUGAUCGAGGAAUUGAGACAAAAGCAGAUGCAGAUACAAGAAGACCAAGAGGUGAAGAUAUUGGAGAAGAUCAAAGUGAAAAUGGAAAGGAUAAAAGCUAAUCAGAAGAAGAUUCAGGGUGCCUUUAUAAAGGACUUACCACAUCAUGACAGAGGAGGUAAAUCAGGUCCAGCUAGGCGAGUGUUCACGAAGAGACAUGAAGCGGGCGGCAGACAGCGAUAUAGGCCACCGACCAGCCAUCAGAAGGCGGUCCGUUCUGGCGACUACUACAUGUUCGACGAAUUCGAUGAUACUGAAGUUCCUAUGAAAGGAGAUGAAGAAUCAAGUGAAGACGAAGACGCACCUAAGGAAAUGGGUAUCGGCAAGCUGCUGUCGACGGUGAUCAAGACCGACGUGAAGACGGCGGUGAACAUGCGGCGGGCCUCGGCCCCCGCCGUGCGCUCCGCCCGCCAACAAUCCAUCAACAGCUACCCGUCCUCUUACCCGGAGCAGGGUAAGCAGGUUCAAAGGCAGGAUGAAGACAAAUCUAUCAUGGACGACCGCCAGCGGCUGGAGAGAGAGCGCACCGGCCCUGUCUCCGAACUCGACGAAUUCGCCCCAGAACCAGAACCGGAGACGUGGUUCGAGAAAGUGAAGCGGCUCGCGAACAUGUCCUGGAUGUUCAUCAACAGUCUGCUGGUGUCGCUGACACGACAUCUCAUGAAGUACUCUAGGGAUUACAGAUACGUAUCCCGAACACUUUCCGUAGAGAAGAAAAUUCUCAAGGAGAAGGAAGGCUUCGGAAUAGGAAUAAGAGAGGGCUCUCAAAUGAUAUGGGAACCGUUGCCAGAAACCAUUGCUCAUCAGGUGUCAGCCCGUAAGUUAAGCGAUAUAAGCGUGCCGGAGAUUCGGAUAUUGGCGCCGAGUAUGGAGCGGGGCCUCGACGCCUCGCCGCCGCCGCACCGCAAGGAUUCCACCUCGGAGACCACGCGCCAAGAAAUUGACGACGACACAUCUGAACACGAGAGCGCGUUUAGCCUUCAGUCUAGCGAAAGUAAGGACGUGACCACGCUGGAAGAACAGGACGACUCGGUGUUCAAACAUGAGCACACGCCGUUCGUGUACCUUAUGUACGCAUUGUGGUACUCUGUGGUCGCUCAUACGGACGUCGUGUGUUAUAUUAUGGUGUUUAUUAACCAGAUUCAAUCGGCGACGAUUCUAUCGAUUCCAUUACCGCUCAUGGUGUUUAUGUGGGGGACGUUGACGAUACCACGGCCCACGAAGACAUUUUGGGUCACACUUAUCGCCUAUACUGAGGUGAUCGUGCUGAUCAAAAGCAUGUUCCAAUUCGAGAUCCUGCCGUGGAACCAGAACGUGAUCCCUAACAAUAUGCCGUUCACAGCGCCGAGGAUCAUCGGCAUCGAGCGCAAGUACAACUACGCAAUCUACGACCUGCUGCUCUUGCUCAUCAUAUUCCUACACAGGUUCAUGCUAAAAUCUCUCGGUUUGUGGAAGGAGUCCACGCCCGAAAUCGAGCUCCGUGAAGACAUGAUAUACCACUUGACGGAUGAGGACACGCAGAAUGUGGUCGAAGGCCGCACGUACGAGGUCGGCAGGAAGUACUUACAGCGACACAACCAGGCUGGCCCGAGUCCUCCUGAAGCAGAAAAAUCCUCGCCCGCUAUAUCUAAUGCGCAUGGCCAGUCAUUCAGAGACCAUUCCAGAGAUGAACAAGAUACUGCCGGUCCUUCCAAACCACCAAUAGGACCACCGCUUCCUGAUGACGACCAUUACAAAGUAAACGACGACAAGGAACCGAUAAUAGCUGUGACGACUGUAUUAGAGAACAAUAAUAACCACUACCCGCAAGUGAUAUUGCUAUCCAUUCAGCGCUACAUGCGGCCAACCAAGAUGUUUUUCAAGCGGAUGUUAGCGCCCGGAGCGCGUGUCACCGCCGACGUCUACGCUUACAUGUUCCUCUGCGAUUUCUUCAACUUCCUCGUCGUCAUCUUCGGAUUCGCUGCGUUUGGGACUCAUCAAGGCGAUGGUGGCGUGCAAGCGUACUUAGAGGAGAACAAAGUGCCCAUCCCGUUCUUAGUGAUGCUCAUACUCCAAUUUGGUCUGAUCGUCAUUGACAGAGCCCUGUAUUUGCGUAAAUUCAUGAUGGGCAAGAUACUCUUCCAGUAUGCCCUCAUUGUGGGCGUCCAUGUGUGGAUGUUCUUCGUGCUGCCUUUUAUUACAGAGAGAACAUUCAACGCACUAUGGCCGCCGCCGAUCUGGUACAUGCUGAAGUGCGUGUACCUGCUGCUGUCGGCGUACCAGAUCCGCUGCGGGUACCCGCGCCGCAUCAUCGGCAACUUCCUCUGCAAGUCCUACCGCUUCCUCAACAUGAUCUUCUUCAGAGGGUUCAUGGCGGUGCCGUUUGUGUUCGAGCUGCGCACUCUGAUGGACUGGAUCUGGACGGACACCUCGAUGACUCUCAUGGACUGGCUCAAAAUGGAGGACAUAUUCGCUAACGUCUUCCUGCUUAAAUGUUCGCGAUACGUGGAGGACGAGUUCCCGCAGCCGCGCGGCGAGAAGAAGUCGACCGUCGUCAAGUAUUUACUCGGAGGUGGAGUACUGGCCUUCGUCAUUGCUAUCAUCUGGUUCCCACUAGUUUUCUUCGCCGUUGGCAAUACCGUUGGUAAGCCGAAUCCUCCAACGGAUGUGACUGUAAAAAUCCGCAUCGGGCCGUACCUGCCUGUUUAUCAGAUGUCUGCGCAGUCGCACAAUAUAGAUGUUUAUUCGCAACAAGACUACACGCAGCUGGGCAACUUGUACGGGCGCGACCGCACCGCGCAGACGUUCCUCUCCAACUACAUGUACAACGACGUGGCCGUCGUCUCCAUCAACCCCAACUCCACCAUGACCUGGGACAUCUCCCCGCCUGAGCUGGCCAGGCUCGAGAACGAAGCUAUGUCCAACGCAACGAUCACGGUGAAGUUCACAUUCGUGAUAACGCACCCGACGAACGCGGUGCCCAACCCGCCGACCAUAGAGGACCACCGCGAGGUCGAGAUGCUGGCGCUCGAGCCGGACGGCAAGCGGAACCCCGAGCGGGAGACGCUGGUGCAGAUGCUGCAGGGCACUGCGCCCCCCAACGCUUGGUUGACAGUGAAAUUGCUAUUUCCUAAAUUCGUGAAAGUAUUCAACAAGGGAGAAGCCAAACCCGCCUAUCAGCUUAUAUCGUGGGAUCCAGAUAUUGAGGUCGUUGAGAGAAUGUACAGGGACGUGAAGAUGCGUUUGGAACGCGAGGAUAUCACCAACAAGAUGUACUGGCGCGUGCACGAGUCAUGUUCUUUGAGGGACAAGCUGAAGUCCGUCCCGAUGAACAACUGCGACCUGCUGGUCAUGUACACCUUCAACGACAAGCUGUUCCCGGAGACGCUCAACUUCAUCUCGGGAAGCGGGAUCAUAGGAUUGUACACAACGUUCGUGUUCUUGGCGUCGCGUAUACUGCGAGGCUUCUUCUCUGGCAUCUACACUAAGAUCAUGUUUGAUGAUUUGCCUAACGUUGACAGAGUUCUGCAGUUGUGCCUCGACAUUUAUUUGGUACGCGAAGCUCUGGAGUUAGCGUUAGAAGAAGAUUUGUUCGCAAAACUGGUGUUCCUGUACCGCUCACCAGAAACUAUGAUAAAGUGGAGCCGGCCGAAAGAGGACACAGAGGAACAAAGGGCGCUGCCGCCCUCUCGUUGAACAAGGUUUUAGUGUUUAUUACAAAUGGUAAAAGUCUAAUCAUUACUCGCAAUCUUGACAAAUGUCUCGUCAAUUAAAUGUAUAUUACAUUUACUUUAAGUGAUUACCCGAAUGACAUGUGACGUCAAAUCUUUACUAGUUCUGAAUAAUUGGCCCUUCGCCAUAUAUCAGCAGUAAUUCUAACUACUUUACAGCUAUAUAUUAUAUAUAUUUUGCUUUUAGAGUAUAUCAGAUUUAUUUAUUUAUUACUGAUUAUUAUAUUGUGCAUUGAUUGAAACUAGCAUAUUUUUGGAUGAAAAAUCUAAGGCGUUAAGUGAGCACACGCGGCUAUUCAGUCGUCCGUCUCGUUCGUUAAGUAUCUUGCGUGUGAUAGAAAUAGACGACCCCUGACGCGUUCGUUCCUUCUCUUGCAGGUAAGAUUUAUGACGCAGACAGGCUAGGCCGCGUGCGCCCACUGAACGUAACGCAUGCCCGAAUGCUACACUACUAUAUGCUACACACUGCUGUAGUUAGCUACACUUUAUUGGUAUCAGAGCUGAUUGACUGAAUGAAACCUGAACUGAAGGCCAGGGUCAUCUUUAUUUGUUGUUUGAUUGCUUCACAACAUGGACGGACAUCCAACGUGGACAUAAUAUAUUUUUCAAUUUUGAGAAUGCAUUUAAAAGUAAUAAGUUGUACAGAAAAUAUUAAUAUAAAAUAUAAUACAUUUAAGAAUAACCGCAUGUCUCCUACUCUAUUGGGAAAUUGUUACUUAAAAUUUGAAUUAUCUUCUAUUUGUUAAAAAGAUUAUAGGAUAUAGGUAAUGGAACGCACACCAUAGUUACCAUUAGCAAUUUCUAGAACUAGGUAAUUACUUAUUAUUUAUUAAGAGUUCUGGAAUGUUCAAAUAAUGAGUAGAAAUCUUCCUGUAUUCUUAUUAGUCCCCUUAUUCAUAAAAAAAGAUCACCCCAUUGUUCAAGCCGGAUUUUAGUUGAAAUAUGAUUGUCAUUCUUUAAAUUCAGAUAACAAUAUUGAAAAGUAUUGAUUUGUUUUAACUUUAAUGAAAAAAGGGAAAAAUAUAUUGAAAUGUUAAUAUCCAAUAAAACAAAGUUGAUUUAUGUUGUAAUAAUUUUGUAUAUGUAUUACAUAAAGUAGCAUUUGUGUUGGACUGUACAUGCUAUUAGUUUUGCUUCUCAAUCCUAUCCGGCCAGAAAUGGAGUUGUCCAUUAUUUUCAGAAGACUUAUUACCAGGUGUCUUAAAUUUACUGUUGUUUAUUAUAUAUUAAAAUUCUCCAUGCAGACUGAAAAGAAGGAAAUUAGCUCUCUGAAUCAACAUAAAAAAAAUGUUUUGCUUAUUGUCUUUAAAUUCCAGUGUUUGUAAUUAAUAGCUUUUUAUCAUUAUACUUAAGAUAUUUAUAUUUACAAUGUUGUAGUUUUAUAAUUUUAUUAUUUAUUUAAUAUAAAUAUUAGUGGCGGAAUUCAAAUGUAAUUGCCAAAUUUAUGCCACGCACUCAUUGAACUAGUCUUUUAAUUAUGUGUAAUGCAUAAAAAUAUAAUUUAUCUUUUCAAAUAAUAUGCUUGUUUUGCUAUCACGCCAAUUUCUGUAAAUACGUAAUGUAAUGUUGAAUAAAAUCAAGCACUUCCAUUUAUACACUGGAUUUUAUAUCUAUACCUCAGUCUUUUUGCAUUUGAUAUAUUUAAAUAAUGAAGUAUGAAUAAUUGUACACUUUUAUAUCGUGAUUGGAUAAGCUGCAUUUAAAUGUCAUCAAUUUGUGAUAAUAAAAAGCUAGUAAAUA